CGUCGCCACCCACCACCCACCCUCUGAAAUACUCUUUAAAGAAAAUGGUCAAGCCUAUUAGUAGCAACUCUUAUUUGACACACAAACAAUUAAAGAAAAAAUUGUCACAUUCUCUGUGCUUGAGACUUUAUAUUUCCUAAACAAGACCUGAAAAAGACGAGGCAAAAACCCCGAAUACAAAGAAGAGAAGCAACAGAAUCAGUUUAGUCACAUAAAAAAGCAGCAGCUAGCAGCAAACCACACAUUUCAGCUCACCAAAUCAUACCAAUUGAACCAAAAACUGCACGCCAAGAAAAAUACAGAGCAUUAUUAUUCCCUCCCUUAUAACACAUGUUCACAACCUAUAACCAACCAUACUACAUGCAGAAUACACCUACGUUCCUAUCAUCCCAACACCAUGAUCAAUCCUAGCAAAAACUUCACUUCCCUGUCCUCCUCUUCUUCAGAUGACCUUACCGGAAACUUCAUUUCCCGGCGACUCAUUUUCUUUUUCUUUCAUGAUAUUCAAGUUUUAGAACUUUUCCUUGCUCUUUUUGUUUUCAUCUCCAUACAUUCUCUAAGGCAGAAGAAACGUUAUGGUCUACCAGUAUGGCCGGUUCUAGGCAUGCUACCUUCCAUGAUUUUCGCUCUUCAAAGCAACUUGUACGAGUGGAUCUCUGAUGUACUCUGCCGUCAAAAUGGAACAUUUAGAUUCAGAGGACCAUGGUUUAGCAGCCUCAAUUGUGUAGUGACUGCGGAUCCUAGAAACCUAGAGCAUCUUCUCAAGAGCAAGUUCUCUAAUUUCCCAAAAGGGCAAUACUUCCGCGACACGGUACGUGAUCUUCUCGGGGAUGGGAUAUUUAAUGCAGAUGAUGAGAUGUGGCAAAGGCAAAGGAAGACAGCAAGUAUUGAGUUCCAUUCAACUAAGUUCAGGCAACUAACUACCAAAUCAUUGCUUGAACUUGUACAUUCUAGGCUCUUACCAGUCCUGGAAAAUGCAGUAAACAACUCAAUAACCAUUGAUCUGCAAGAUAUUCUAUUAAGGCUAACAUUUGACAACGUAUGCAUGAUAGCCUUUGGGGUUGAUCCAGGAUGUUUGAAUUUGGAUCUGCCUGAAAUACCAUUCGCUAGAGCCUUUGAGGAUGCAACAGAGGCAACGGUGCUGCGCUUUGUUACACCAACAUGUAUAUGGAAAGCCAUGAAAUAUCUUGAUUUAGGAGCAGAAAAGAAGCUAAAAGGAUCAAUAAAAGCAGUAGAUGAGUUUGCUGAAAAAGUGAUAAGGACAAGGAAGAAAGAAAUGUCAUCUACGACAAGCGAUGAUGAUAAGAAGCACGGAUCAGAUAUUCUGACAGUGUUUAUGAGGUUAAAGGAUGAGAAUGGAAAACCAUUUUCGGACAAGUUUUUGAGGGAUAUAUGCGUAAACUUCAUUCUUGCUGGUAGGGAUACUUCUUCUGUUGCAUUAAGUUGGUUUUUCUGGCUUCUUGACAAGCAUCCUAAAGUGGAAGAGAAAAUUCUUGCUGAAAUAUACAAGAUUGUUAAGCAGAGAUCAGAAGAUCCUUUUGAUCCAAAGAGUCCAUUGAUGUUUAGACCGGAGGAAGUCAAGAAGAUGGAGUAUUUGCAAGCUGCAUUAUCUGAGGCAUUGAGGUUGUAUCCUUCCGUGCCAGUGGAUCACAAAGAGGUGAUCGAGGAUGACAUAUUUCCAGACGGGACUAGACUGAAGCAAGGAACAAAAGUGAUAUAUGCAAUAUAUGCAAUGGGAAGAAUGGAGGCAAUAUGGGGAAAGGACUGCAGGGAGUUCAAGCCAGAGAGGUGGCUAAGGGAUGGCAGAUAUAUGAGUGAAUCUGCAUACAAAUUCACAGCCUUUAAUGGCGGCCCCCGGCUAUGCUUAGGCAAAGAUUUUGCUUACUAUCAAAUGAAAUUUGCUGCUGCUUCUAUCAUAUAUCGCUACCAUGUGAAGGUGGCGAAAGAUCAUAGCGUCGUGCCAAAGCUUGCCUUGACCAUGUACAUGAAACAUGGUCUCAAGGUCAAUCUAUUCAAGCGAGAUGAUUCUGAGAUCUCUAGGAUUAAAUAAAUUGAUAUAUUAAGAACACAUAGAAUGUUUGUCAAUAAUUGUGAUUUCUUUCUUUUUUCUUUUUUUUCUUUUGCCUUUUGGACUGUUUUUAUAGACUACAUAGUACAAAAGUAUUAUUGAAAAAAAAAAAGGGUAGAGUGGGAGCUAGACCUGAAUAACGAAAUUGAUAGCAGUUGAA